AUGGGUCCAGCUCAACGUCAUGAGAAAAAACAAGUUUUAGUUAAGAAUACUACUGCAAAAGAUUCUUCAAAUUCAAGUUCAGAGAAGGCUUCAGAUAAAAAAGCUAUUGCCAAAACAGAUUCAAAUCAAAGUUCUACUACAAAUAAGCUUUCUGAUGUUAGUAAGAAAGAGGCUUUAGGCAAUAGCACUACUACAAAAGAGGUCCCAGAUCAAGGUGUUAGUACAAAAAUUGAUUCAAUUCAAGAUGCCGGUACAAAAGAAGUUUCAGAUAAAAAUACAGGUAUGAGACGUUCUUCAAGCCAAAGUUCAAAAGAGCUUUCAGGUGCUAAUUUAAAAGAAGCUUCAGAUGAAAAUACUAUUUCUGAAGAAAUUUCAAAGUUGGACAUCGGUGCAGAAAAGGUUUCAGCUUCUUCACCACCACCACCACCACCAGCACGGUAUAUGGUUUUUCCAAUUGAAGUACAGUUAAUAAUUUUAGACUUAUUAUCACCAACUGAUCAAAUUACAAUUAAAAUGUCCAAAACGCCUCUGUUUUCAGAUGAUUUAAUCAAUUAUAAGGAAUUUAUGUUUUUUAAUAUCGCAGGGGAUGAACAUUUAGCAGAAAAUUUUCCCGAUGGUUUGAAAACCAAAUCAUUAUUUAACGUAUUAGAUGUGAAGAGUACUUCUGAGUGUAUUCGGCUAUUUACAGAGGCUCAAGAUUUGAUUCAGCGUAACUCAAAAAAAUAUAACAUUUUCAAGGUUGAUAGUACUUUAUUCCCUGAAUUUUAUCUUCAAUUUAUGAUUCACUCAAUAUUAGAUGCUACCGUUCGAACAGGUUCUUUUCAAAUUAUUUUCAGACACCCAUUACAUUUUAAUCAGAAAUAUCCUGAAACAUCACAGAUAUUAUUCAAUAAACCAGCUACAUCAUCGGAUAACUAUGAUAAGCAAUUAAAACUAGGCAGUUUAAUCAAAUCAAAGAUUGAAAAUGGUUGUAAAAUCAGUGUUUAUUUACCAAAUAUUGAGACUAUUCAGCUAACUCAUAAAUUUGAACCAUCAGUAUACAUUUAUGCACCAAAACUUAUGGCUAUGUGUAUUCGUGAAGUUCCAAGUGUUAAUAUCACAGAACGUGAUGUGGUUAUGAAAAAUGUGAGUAAAUCAAAUAUAGAUCGAGGUGGUGAGGUUCCGUGCGUUUAUCUUCCUUAUAAUAGGCUUUAA